GAAAGCACGUUCCAGAUGUGGGAGCUGCUGCGGCUCCUCCAGCGUGUGACAGAGAGGGUGGAGGCGGAGGCGGAGUCGAGGAGGGGAACUGACAAGUGCCCUCGGAAUGAAACGGGAGCACGAGCUCUGCUGAGCUUCAGAGCUGAGCCUCCGCGGCUGAGGAUGGAGCUCAGGUCCAGGAUGCAGAACGCUGGAGUCCUCGCGUUGAUGCUGUGUCUCCAGGCGUCAGUUUCCUCCGCUCAGGACUGUCCGUCCACUCACGAUCUGCUGAACUCGCUGCGACAAGUGGAAAAGAUGCUGGUGGUGCACGAGGCGUCGUACGAGCAGGGCCUGCGCUCGCUCAAGAAGAAGAUCAGCGCCCUGCACAACAGCACCAUGGCGAUCUUCAAGGCGGGCAAGAACGCCUCCUGCUCCAAACCCGAGACGCCGGCCCACGGCCGCCGGCUGGGCAGGGUCUUCGGGAUCGGACACGAGAUCCACUUCCUGUGCAAGCCGGGCUACGAGCUGAUCGGCCCCAGGACCCGAGUGUGUCUGGAGUCUCUGAAGUGGAGCGGCCAGCAGCCGAUGUGCCGGCGUGAGUCCGACGGAGCAGAACCGCCUAAAGCAGCGGCGCCUCCUUUGCUCAGCAUCGGUUUUUCUCUUUCAGGCUUCAACAGCACCGGCAACUCGCUGGCCUCCUUCACUCCUCCGGCUCCCUCCUCUUCCUCUUCCUCCUCCUUCCCAGCCUCCGCUGCCCUGUUAGCAUCUUCCUCCUCAUCCUCCUCUUCUUCACUCUCUUUAUCCACAACGUCCUCCCCCGACGCCUCUGUCCGACCGUCUCACUGCACUCACUUCCUGGGCUCCACCCGUUGCACCUGUGACGUGGGUUUCACCAUAUCGGGCCGCGACAACAACAUCUGCACAGACAUCGAUGAAUGCCGCCUGUUUCCGCUGGCUCAACCCGGUCGUCUCUGCAUCCAUCAGUGUGUGAACAGCCCCGGCAGCUUCCACUGCUUCUGUCCAGAUGGAUACGACCUGGACAGAGACGGACGCAGCUGCACAGAUGUCAACGAAUGUGAAAACCAGAUGAACAACUGCACGCUGGACCAGAUGUGCGUCAACACUAACGGAGGCUUCCAGUGUGUGACGGUGGAGUGUCCUCAGAUGAAAAACGCCACCUACAUCAAGACGUCGCCAACGCGCUGCGAGAGGAACCCGUGCAUGCUGGGAGACGACGCCUGCACCCAGGCGCCAAACUCCAUCUCCUUCCACUUCCUGUCCGUGGUGUCCAACAUGUCGGCCCCGCGCGUGCUGUUCCGGGUGUCGGCGGCCCGCGUGCUGGGCGACACCCUGCGCUUCGGCCUGGCCGGCAGCCGCGGCCGCGGCCGCUUCAGCGUGCAGCGCUCGGGCCGCCAGACCGGCACCCUGCUGCUGGUGACGCCCAUCAGAGGCCCCGCCACGCUGGAGGCCGAGGUGGAGAUGAGCGAGCUGGAGCGCCACACGCUGCUGGGCCGCUACCUCACCAAGGUCACGCUGUUCGUCUCGCCCUACGACUUCUAGGAGUUCCUCUCCCACACCUUCAAAGCGUGUGUGUGUGUGUGUGUGUGUGUGUGAGGCCUCACUCAUCUCAACCGAUUUCCAGAAGGGGUUUGUUUAUAACAUGUUUAACUUACAUAUAUUAUGUAACUUAUUUUAUCUUCGCACACAUCUGCAUUUUUAAAUCUCUGACCACUUGUGUCCAUCUGCACACACUGAUUCACUACAAGAGUUUGAAUUACACGGUGCAGGUGUACCUAAUAAAGUGGCGACAGGCCGUAUUCGUGCCUUCUCUUAAAGGGCUGAUUAGCUGCUCCGCUACAGAGCAGAGAUCCAGAGAAAGUGAAGAAGGAAAUGCAUCAGGUUGGAGGUGCAGGUCAGAGCAGACGCGGGCUGAGGCCCGGCUGUUGGUCGGUGGAACCUUCAGGUGAGCCUUCGGACGUCAUGGAGGCUCUGGAGGCCACGCGAGGCGGUGGGUUAAGCCCCAGUAGGUGUGAUGAGUGCAGAGCAGGAGGACGAAGCCCUCAGCUGAUACUGGGGAUGACGGUGGAGGGUGAAAACCACUGAGGUUCCAGCCUCUGCGUAGCUGAACCGUUUGUGUACAUGACGCUGAGUAGAGCUUCGAUAUCUGGAUGUGAAGCUUUUAAUGUAGAAACUCAUCCCAGUGUAACUUUAACACACUAAGGUUGAGAAGCUGAUGUUAAAAUCACCAGAUCGUGUAUUUGUGUUGAACUUUUGAAUAAAAGGAGAAAUCCUCCAAGUUGA